AUGUGUCUUUCGAGGUCGAUUAAAAAGCAGAUAAAGAAGAAAACAAUACUCAGAAACCGCAGUGCGAUACUCGCGUCACAAUUGAUGAAGAUAUUCGUAGACAUGUUCGUCUACUUGAAUCUGGUUCAUUACUGGAUGUUCGUCCACCAAGGAAUCGAUUUGGGACUGUCUGAAGAAGAAUGGUUAUUACACUUCCUCGGCCCCAAUGGUGAAAUUCCGCAACUGCACAGAGCGUUCAGCAACACGGGCUACACCUCAUCGGAAGAAGACGAGGAGAACAAUUGA